AUCGGACAAAAACUGUGGGACGAGUUAGAUGCCGAAAAACGUACAAUUUAGAGAAAAACGAAAGCAAUAGGUUGAAUGCCUAAAGGCAUUCACCCAAUUAUAACUUCUUCCUUUUUGUUAAAAAGUCCAACUCAUCUUUGUUUGAAACAAGAGAUUGCAUCAAGCUUGAAAUCGCUUUAAAAGGACUUGUUGGGCUUCUUAUUCAAAACGGUUGUGUUGCAACAUGAAUAGCUGUCUCCUGUGUCACGCAGGUCACAUAUCAUGUUUGCUCUUGUGUUUUUUUUUUAUAACAGAUUCAGAGAUGGUUGCCACACUGACCUCAGGUGCUCGUAAAUAAAACUACAAAACAUAUUCUGGUUCAAACCUGAAUUCAGACAGCAACACAUGCUGAUCAUAACAGGCUUUGAUAUCUUUUUAUUAUCUUUAAAUAAUCACCAUUAUUGUAUUACAGCUUCAUUUACUGUAUUUUAACUAAUCCUAAUGGUUGCCACAGUAUUUAAUUAUCUUUUCAGGCAUGUGGAAAAUGCAAAUAAUCAUUACAGAACUACUGAGGAGGUUUCAUUUCAGCCUUGAACUCAUACAACUACAUUCAUGUUCUAUAACAGGACAAGACUAGAUUAGACUGUUUCCUGUAGGAGGAGGAGGAGCCAACUGAACAGUCAGUAGAAAACACCUGGGAGGUGAACAGAAGGAGGAGCAGGACCAACAUGAUGCACUGUGAUUGGAAGAUUCCAGCAGAGGAGGAAGAGAGUUCCAGUGUGGUCUCUGAUUUAAUCUGAGCUCAUAAUUUUUUUCUCUCUCACUACUCAAGCUGCUGGGAAGCCAGUGGCGCUUUCGUACCAAACACCUUUCUAGCACACCUGAGCUUCAGAUUGCAGCAUGCAGCAACCAGGCAGGCAGAGGCUGAGGCCGUGGCUGGAAGAGCAGAUUCAGUCUGGGAAGUACCCAGGUGUCAGUUGGCUGGACCAGUCAGCGUGCAUCUUCCAAAUCCCGUGGAAACAUGCAGCUCGUCAUGGCUGGAGCAUUGACCGGGAUGCCACGCUCUUCAGGAGCUGGGCCAUGCACACUGGUCGGUACCGUCCCGGCAAAGACAAGCCAGAUCCCAAAACAUGGAAGGCAAACUUCCGCUGCGCCCUGAACUCUCUGCCUGACAUCUGCGAGCUGCGGGAGCACAGCCGCAAGAGGGGCAGCAACGCCUACAGGGUCUACAGGAUGCUGCCCAGCUCUCAGAAAGGCCGACGUCGCAGAGGCCUGCGCUUGCUCCGCGGUCCUCCAGAGAAGCAGACCAGUUUCCAAGGAAGCAGAAAUGAGGACGUUUACGACACACAUACCUGGCAGCCUACGUCACGACAGAUUUCUGACCCACAUUGUAAGGUGGAAACAAAUGUUCAGCAUACCUUUAACAGCACAGAGAUGCAUGGAAUGUGGGAGUCCAAACCACAGGAACAGGAACACAGCGAGACUGUAUACAAGCUAAUUGACCAUCUAAGUGGCUCUGACUUGUGGAACCAGACAUGGGAGCAGAGAGGAUGGAGGACACACACUCUGUGGGACCAGUCACACUGCACUGCUGAUGAGAACCCCUACUCUGUACACACUGAGAACUACAGCGACCCGUUUGGUCCAAACUACACCAAAGACCUCUCUGACUGGUCCACACAUCAGCAGCCACUGAUGCCGUAGUUUUGUGGAAACUUUCAUUUUCUAGUAUUUAAAACUUGUUUUUGUUGAAGGCCGCCUCUGAUUGAAACUCCCAUGUCAGCAUUUUUCCCCUCCUUCUGCUGAGCUGACUAACUGAAGGACAGAAAAAAAGAGGAAAAAGCCAGGAGGGCUGGAGAAUAUUGCUCUGUCAGUCAGCCUCGGUGCUGAGAAGGCGGCCAUGAGGAUCUGGUUCCAAGCCAAGCUUUCCUGCUGCUCACUGUGGGUCAGUGACUCAAACUCGUUCAAACGACACCAAGCUCACACUGCAGCUUUUGGAGGAAACAGAUAUCGUUUUGCCUGAGAGUGAAUUGAGCCAUUACUCUUUUUUUUGACUUUGUAUUGAUGUGUAGUGAAGAUGCAACAAAUUGAAACCCAUGAAAAUGAAGAUAUGUAAUUAUCUGUAGUUUUGUGCUUAUUUCUGUAACAUUUUAUAACAAGUUCUUACCUUUGUCAUGUUAAAAUAUUAAAAUUUUCAAUACA